GGAAGGUGCGGUGUUCAACAGCGGCAGCAACGGGGGUUACUGGCGGAACAGCAUCAGAGAGGUCAGCGGCCGUCGCUGUGCGCCUCCACUACCACUUUGUGACCGCACCCGGCGCCAGUGCAAGAGGCACACAGCUGAACAUGCCUAGGUGACCAUGGGCCUGCAGCUGCUGCUGCUGCUGCUGGUGGUGGCUGGAUGGCCAGUGGUAGGCAGCGGGCGGCUGGCUUUCACGCGCAGCCUGUACAAGGCUAGUAUUCCUGAGAACUCUGCACCCAAGCGCUAUGUCCAGCCAACUGAGAAGAUGGGUGUACACGUGGACAGCGCUCGCUUGCAGGUCCGCUACAAGAUUGUUGCUGGUGACAAGGAGCGGCAGUUCAAGGCAGAAAGCAGACUUGUGGGGGACUUCUGGCUCCUCCUCAUACGGACGCGCACAGAGAGCACAAGUACAGUGGCUUUGAAUCGAGAAUACGAGGAUACGUACCAUCUCCGAGUAAAAGGCUCAGUGCAUGACAGCUUGCAUCUGCAGCGUCUGCCUGAUGUUCACUGUGAGGUGCAAAUAGAAGUCACUGACAAAAAUGACCUCAGCCCAUUGUUUUUCCCCACCUGGUAUAACGUCACGGUACCUGAGGACACACCCCUCCACAAUAUCCUGGUUAAACUGAAUGCUUAUGACCCAGAUUUGGGUAUCAAUGGAGCAAUCUACUACCGCCUGCUAAAACCCUUGCGGCAGUUUGCUGUCCACCCAACAAUGGGAACAGUCUUGCUGACACGACCGCUAGAUUUCCAAAAAAAGCCUGCACACCAUCUGACUGUAGUUGCAGAAGACAGAGGCCCAAAGCCCAAGACUGGCAGCAUACUCAAGUCAAGCACAGCCCAAGUAGUUGUGCACGUGAAACCGGUCAAUAGACACAGACCAGCUAUCUUUGUGCGCCAUGUCCAUGCACUAGUGGAUGCUCCUGAGGUAUGGGCUGUGGUUGUAGUGACAGAUGAUGACCCUGGCAUUCAUGGCACAAUUGGUGGACUAGCCAUUGUGGAUGGGGAUGCUGACGACCACUUUACUGUGGUACCUGGCUCUCAGCCAGGAGAAUUUAAUCUGCGCAUUGACCCACAGCGUCCAUUAAGGCACAGGAAUUAUACACUGACACUCAGGGCUUGGGACCAAGGUAUACCCUCUCAGUUCACAGAUGAAAAGGUUUCCAUUAGCCCCUCUGAGCUGAAUAGUGUGAUACCUCAGUUGGAACACUCUCAGUACGAGGCUGAUGUGCCUGAGGAGGCUCCUCCUGGUACUCCCUUGGUGCAAAUAAAAGUGCGUGGCUCAAUGCCUGCCAUCUUUCGCAUUGAGUCUGGAAAUGAGGACAGUCAUUUUUCUUUGAACACAGCUACCGGAAGGCUUAGCACAGCUAAUUGGCUGGAUCACGAAGCAAAAGCUAACUACUCACUGCAAAUCAGUGUUGCCAGUAUGGCUGCUAGAGGCACGCACCUUAAGGCUGUUGCCACAAUUAAUAUACGAGUGGUCGACUGCAAUGACCAUGCACCUGUCUUCGACUCCAGUCCUGUAGAAAUUUUGUUGGAGGAGAAUAGACCAGUUGGAGCCAAGAUAUUCACAGUUCAUGCUCAUGAUGAAGAUGAGGCAGAAAAUGGCUAUGUGAGCUACAGUCUUGUGAACUUGAAUUCAGUGCCUUUUAGUGUUGACCCAUUUAGCGGAGAAGUUUCGACAACUGAAGUACUAGACUAUGAAACCAUGCGGCGCAGCUACAUGCUGCGCAUUCGUGCCACAGAUUGGGGUGCGCCUUACCAGCGGCAGGCAGAAAUGGCCCUCCUUGUGACGUUGAGAGACGUCAAUGACCACAGGCCCCAAUUUGAAAAGGUUGACUGUGUUGUUCGUGUGCUGCAUGAUGCAGCUGUUGGUACUCAAGUGCUGACGCUGUCAGCUGUUGACUUUGAUGAUGGUGGCACAGGCAGAGUGCACUACAAGAUGGACGCCAGCACUGAUAGUGCUUGCUUUUACCUGAAUGCUAGCACGGGUGUGCUGAGCUUGGCAUGCAGACUGCAGCGGCCUGCCCAUGUGAAUGUGACGGCAACGGAUGGUUACCACUUUGCUGAUGUCAUGACUGUGCUGGUGCGCCCUGUGGACCAACAAGCUUCUGUGGAAUGCAAGGAUGCUGGUGUCAUUGACAAGCUGCGCCACCAACUGCAGCUUUCAGAGCAGAAGAAUGCCCAAGGCAAUGACCAUGGUGAACCAACUGCAGCCAGCUUUCUGGAAAAUCGCCAUAGUCCACAGCUCAGUUGGCCUGGGGAGCUGGCUGUGAACGAAAGCACACCUCUGGGCUCGGUGCUAGGCUACAUCAAGGCCAAAGACCCAGAUCAUGGCUACAAUGGCCGCCUGGUGUAUGUGAUAUCAAAUGGGGACCAGCAUUCCUGCUUUUUGGUAGAUAUGCAUACUGGGGCACUUGUGCUGGUUGCUGCUCUUGACUAUGAGAUUGCACCUUCCCACUUGUUGAAUGUGACUGCCUAUGACCAAGGCCAACCCCCAAGGUCAACCUCUCAGACCAUGUUUGUGCGGGUACUUGAUGUCAAUGACAAUGCUCCACUGUUUGAGAAACCGGCCUACAGCUUCGUGAUCAACGAGGAUGCUCCUAAUGGGACGUCUGUUGCUCGCUUGAGGGCAACAGAUGGUGAUGAGGGGCCCAAUGCAGAGCUGCAUUUCAUCCUCAGCUCGGAGCAGUUCCACAUAGACAGUGGGACUGGUCUCCUGACAGUAUCUGGACUACUUGACCGGGAGCACCAUGACAGACACCUGCUCACUGUCACAGUGGCUGAUGGGGCACUUCAGGAUCCGCUCUCUUCCACAGCCACUGUGAGCAUUAUGCUGAGGGAUGUGAAUGACAAUGCACCACGUUUUGCACGGGCCCCUUAUGUGGUGAGGAUCCGUGAGGACCUACCUGUUGGUGCCCUGGUGACAUCGGUGCAUGCUGAAGAUGCAGACUUUGGAGAGAAUGGCAGAGUGCAGUACUCCUUGGACAGCCAGCAUGCUGUAAUCUUUGAUAUUGACCCCGAUACUGGUCUUGUGCGGCUGGCUGCCAUGUUGGACUUUGAAAAGUGGCGACUGUACAAUGUUACUGUGCAAGCUCGUGACUGUGGGGACCCACCCUUCACCAGUGUAGCAAACUUGAUUGUUGAAGUUGAGGACGUCAACGAGAAUCUGCACGCACCAGUUUUUGCUGAACAGGUGACCAGCGCCAGUGUGGAUGAAAACCAGCCUCCUGGGACAUUUGUCACCUCCUUAUCAGCGACAGAUGAGGAUGGCGUCACCUACACUAUCACCGGUGGCAAUGGCCUGGGCAUGUUCAGCAUAGACAGCAAUGGGGUGGUCCGUACCCAUGUGACAUUGGAUCACGAGGCGUGCGCACACUACUGGAUCACUGUGGUGGCUCGCGACCUGAGCCCUGUGCCACUGGAGGCAUUUGUUGACCUGCAUGUGGCUGUGCGCGACCUCAAUGACCAGGUGCCUCUGACCGAGCACCCAGCCUACGCAGUGAAUGUGGCUGAGCACACCGCGUCAGGUGCGCUCAUCCUCACCUUGGCCGCCCAGGACAAAGACUCGUCUGUGGUUGACUGGCGGCUGGUGGAUGAUGCGGCUGGCUGCUUUGCAAUUGAUCGCCGCUUGGGCACCAUAACCUCAGUGGGAUCACUGGACCGCGAGGCCCAUGACCGACAUGUGCUUGAGGUGGUGCUUGCUGAUGAAGGGGAGCCAUCGCUGUCAUCCACAACUCAAGUGCUCGUCACACUCACUGACAUCAACGAUCAUAAGCCAACGUUUACACAGCCCUUGUACCGUUUCCGUGUUCUUCCAGGCAAUGGCCAAGUCGAGGCUGUCCCCCUCUGCCAGGUGCUGGCUGUAGACCCUGACGACGUGCAUCUGACAUACUCUGUAGUCAACCCGGGGCCGUUCUCCAUCAACCCUGUCACGGGCCUGCUUCACGCCCAUGUGCAGCUGCUCCAUGGGGACACCCACGAGCUCAUGGUGCAAGCAUCUGACUCUGGGAGCUGGCCUGCAGCUGCACGUGUGCAGCUUCAUGUCGUGUCACGUCCAACGACAGUGGGGAGUGCGCCAGUUGUUCAUGAGGUUGAAGUUUCGCCCACACUUGAGACUGACCCUGUGGACCACCUUGUGGCCAUUGUACGUGCCUCGGACCCAGACGGAGAUGCCCUCUGGUAUAGCUUGGCAGGUGGCAAUGAAGAAGGCAAGUUCAUGAUUGACUGUGAGCGUGGCUUUAUCAAGUUGGCAAGACCACUUGACCGAGAAGCAUGUGCCAGUUAUAACCUGACUGUUGAAGUUACUGAUGGCAGUGCCAAGACCACAGCCAUGGUGCAUGUGGAUGUCCUUGAUGCCAACGAUAACUGGCCUGUGUUCUCGGAGAGCCUGUACCGAGUUGAAGUCUCCGAGAGCACAUCUCCUGGCACAGAGAUCCUGCAGCUGACAGCCACAGAUGCCGAUGAGGACCAGCGCCUCUUCUACAGCAUCUACAACAGUGACCAAGUGACGAGCGCUUCUCACUUCCGGCUCGAUUCAGAUACUGGUUUGCUGUCACUGGCUUUGCCGCUUGAUCAUGAGGCCUCGCAGCAGCACAUGUUGACUGUGGCAGUGCGUGACUCAGGUGGACCUGUGACGCGACGUGGCUUUACUCGUGUUCUAGUGCUUGUGACAGACCACAAUGACCAUCCACCAGAGUUCCUGCAGACUCUGUAUGAGGUGCGCGUCUCAGAGACUGCAGUGCCAGGCACAGUGCUGCUGCAGCUUGGUGCCUUGGAUCGUGACCGGGGCCGCAAUGCCCUGCUGACUUUUACUAUGGCCUCAGGUAACACAGAUUCUUCUUUUUCUCUUGACUACACACUGGGCCUGCUGACGCUUUCGCGGGAGUUAUCGCGGCAGACCCAGCCCGAGUUUUUUGUGACUGUGCGUGCUGCAGACCAUGGAGAGCCACCCCUAAAUGCCACAGCGACAGUGCACAUAGUGGUCAGCCCUGCUGACAAUGCACCGCCUUGUUUUGUGCCUGCCGAACAAACCAUUGAGGCAGCUGAAAACCAGCCAGCAGGAACAUUUUUGCUGGCGCUGACUGUGCGCAGCAGCUCCUCUGUCUUCUUCCAGCUCGAGUCCGGGGGUGGCAACAGUUUCCAGUUGGACCCUGUGACAGGUGUGCUCACUACAGGGGAGGAGGCCCUGGACUAUGAGCAAGCGGCUGUGCACAGGCUGACAGUGCGUGCCACCAACCUGGCUGGUUCCACUGCCCUGGCUCAGGUGAUUGUGCAGGUGCUCGACUCCAACGACCAUGCGCCUCGUUUCCGCCAGCUGCUCUACCGAGGCACUGUGAGUGAAGCCGCUCCUGCGGGCAGUGCAGUGCUCAAGGGCAGCCAGCCACUGGUGGUGGGUGCCCAAGACGAGGACACCGGGGUCAACGCCCAGCUUGCCUUUGCCAUCGUAGAGGCCUGGGCCCGCAGGCUGUUUCGCAUCGAUGCCAGCACAGGUGCUGUGAGCUUGGUGCAGCCCCUUGACCGGGAGCAGCAGGACGAACAUAACUUCACAGUGGAAGUGUGGGACCACGGGCAGCCCCGGCUUCCUGCACAGCGGCCAGCUACCGUCAGCAUUCAUGUGACGGAUGUCAACGACAGCCCUCCCCGCUUUGAGCACGAGCUGUACAAUACCACACUCCUGCUGCCCACAUACACUGGCGUUCGUGUUGUGCAAGUGGCUGCCCAUGACGCAGACUUGGAAGGGCCCAGCCUUCGCUACGCUUUGGUGGCUGGGGACCAUGAGGGUCACUUUGAGGUGCGACCAGACACUGGUGAGGUUGUGGUGCGGGAACCCAGUGGGUUGCAGGGGCUCUACCGCCUGGUGAUUUCGGCAUCUGACGGUCGCUCUGAGACGGCCACCUUGGUGAUGGUGUCUAUUGGCCGUGCUAAUGUGGGCCACCUGCGCUUUGUGCGGCCGCUCUGGGAGGCAGCCGUACGUGAGAACGAGCCAGCAGAGCAGCGUGUGCUGCUCUUGUCCUUGCUUGGUACAGCUGUUGGGGAGCCCGUGCAGUUUUCACUGCUCACACCGAGCGACCACUUUGCUGUGGGUGCCCACUCAGGCCUGGUGCGUUGCCUGGCACCGCUUGACCGGGAGAAGCAGGCUUUCCAUGAGCUAGCUCUGGAGGCAAGCUCAGCACGGGCAGUUGCCCACGCACUUCUGCGUGUGCAUGUGAUGGACGCAAAUGACAACGCACCCAUCUUUGUCAACCGGCCUUACUACUCGGUCAUCACAGUCAGUGCACAGCCUGGGGACCUUGUGCUGAAGGUGGAGGCCAUUGACCUGGACGAGGGCCCCAAUGGUGAACUGCUGUAUUCACUUCACGAGGGAGACAGCCACAUGUUUGACGUGGACGAACGUUCAGGGGAAAUUCGGCUGCUUCAGACCCCUAGCCGUCGAGAUGAGCACACCCUGGUGCUUGUGGCUCGAGACCAUGGGAGUCCUCCCUUGGAAAGCCGGGUUGGUGUAGCGGUGAAGGUGACAGAUAUAGCCAUGCCCACAUUUGGCCAGCACUUCUACACCACAUCUGUGGCUGAGGAUGUGUUGCCCGGAACAGCACUGCUGACGGUGCAAGCCAAAGGGGCUCAUCCACUUAUCUUCAGUUUGGCCAGUGACCACUUUGCCAUUGAUCGUGCCACAGGUGUGCUGUCCCUUGUGGAGCUGCUGGAUUACGAGAGCCAGCCCCGACAUGAGCUGGAGGUGCGAGCUACAGACUCUGUGAGCGGUGCUCACUCGGAGGUGCCAGUCACUAUAAAUGUGGAGGACAUCAAUGACUGUGCACCGCUCUUUGAGCAGCCCUGGUACAAUGUGAGUGUGUCCGAAGCGACACCUGUGGCCAGCCCACUGUUGGAGGUGCACGCUAGUGACCGUGACGGGCCAAAGGUUGAGCUUCGGCUGGCUCCCGAUGACACCUUUCAUCUGGAGGCUGCAGGUGUGCUGCGACUGCGUGCACCCCUGGAUCGGGAGGCACAAGCUGUGCAUUGGCUACAGGUGGUGGCAUCGGAUGCAGGCCACCCUGCACCCCUAAGCAGCACGGCACGUAUUUGGGUCACUGUGAUCGACAUGAAUGACAACCCACCUGUCUUUGGACAGCCGGCGUACACUGCUCUGGUUGACGAGCGGUCCCGUAGGGGUCAGUUCAUCGCAAGGCUGGUUGCCAUGGAUCCUGAUGUGUCUGACCAGCUGUCGUAUGCCAUCGUUGCUGGCAACGAGGCACAACUAUUUGCUAUCAACCGAUCAACAGGAGUGGUGACAGUGUCCAGUGUGGCCCCUGCUUGGCCUCCAGCUGGCUGUGAGCUCAACAUUUCCGUCACGGAUGGCGUGUACCAGAGCUACACGCAGUUGCGGCUGGUGGUGCUGGCCAGCAAUGAGCACUCGCCUCGGUUCAGCCAGGCUGUGUACGAGGCAGCGGUGACCGAGAACCUGGCACCCGGUGCACCAGUGGCGCACUUGUCGGCCACAGAUCCAGACCCGGGAAGCAAACUGACGUAUGCAAUUCGCAGCCGUGACUGUGCACUGCACUUCCGAAUCAAUAGCAGCACAGGGGAGCUGGUGACCCAGGAGCCCUUGGAUCAUGAGCGCCGGCACCUUUAUGAAGUUCCUGUCUCGGCCACAGACGGUGGUGGCCGCCUUGCGUUUGCUGUUGUUCGUGUGGCUGUUACCGACGUCAAUGAUAAUGCGCCUACAUUUGGUGCAGCUGAGUAUGAAGCCAGCAUCUGGGCCAACACCAGUGUUGGCACCACUCUGGUUAAGGUUCAUGCCUUUGACCAGGACCAAGGGACCAGGCUUCAAUACAGCCUGCACGAAGCCCCAAACAAUGUCACUGCAAUAUUCAACGUCACUCAUGACUCGGGGGAGCUGUACCUCAAGGCACCACUGAAAGGUGGUGGUGUGUUCCAGUUUUUUGUUCACGUCAGCGACCAAGGUGAGCCGCAGCCCCUGUGGGCUGUGGUGCCUGUCACUGUAGCUGUGGUGCCACCUCCCGAAGAGCUCCCGUCUCUCAGUGUGCCUACUCAUGACCUCUUUGUGCGAGAGGGCAUAGCACUGGGCAGCCCCGUGCUGGCACUGCCACCUGGCACCACACUGUUAGGCUCCUCCGAGUUCAGCAUCGAUGCCGAAGGCAAUCUGGUGGUUGCAGCGCCUCUUGACCGGGAGCACAUAGCCUCACAUCAUUUAACGCUUCGCAAGGAAACACUCAGUGGCUUGGCCACAGCCUUCGAUGUGACGGUGCAUAUCUUGGAUGACAAUGACUGUGAACCAGUGUUCGAUGUAUUAGCCUAUAAGACCGCAGUGGCUGAAAAUGCUGAGGAAGGGUGUGUUGUGGCUCGGCUGGUGGCGCAUGACCCGGAUGUUGCACUACGGAAGUUGACAUAUGAAUUUUAUGAGGACACCGACCCAGCGGCAGACAUCUUCCAGGUGGACCCAUCAAGUGGGGUUGUCACGACUCUAGUGGCGCUUGACCGGGAGGCUGUGCCUUUCUACAACUUUACAGUAAGGGUGCGUGAUGAUGGUCUGCUGUCCUCGUUAGCUUGGGUCUACGUGGAAGUGUUGGACGUCAAUGACAACCCCCCUGUGUUUGAGCAGACCCGCUACCAGGUGCAGGUCUCUGAGGAUGCUGUUGCCGGCACUGUGAUUGCCAGUCUUCGCAUAGAAGAUGCAGACCAGGAGCCGGCGCCUGUUGGAUUCUACAUGCUUUCAGGUGACCCUGGCCAGCAGUUCUUAGUGCGUAGCAAUGGUGACGUUUUUGUACAGCGGCCUCUGGACAGAGAGGCAGUGCAAAACUACACCAUAAAAGUGGUGGCCACUGAUGGCUUGCAUGUGGCCACAACUCAACUGGACGUAACCAUCCUGGACACCAAUGAUAAUCCACCCAUCUGCCUGAAGUCCAAGUACACGGAGCUCGUGUCGGAGAGCAUUGCAGUGGGCACUGCCAUCCUGACGGUUGAGGCCACUGAUGCAGAUGAUGUCAACCAUGCUCAACUCCACUUUUACCUGUCAGGCCAAGGAUCAGAAGACUUGGUUUUAGAUGCCAGCAGUGGUGUGCUACACACAGCACGACCACUGGACCGGGAACUGCGGCCACACUACUCGCUUGUGGCGCAUGUUCGCGAUGUGGCUCACUGGGAGUGGCACUGCAACAGCAGUGUGGAGCUGCUUGUGAGCGAUGUGAAUGACAACCCACCUGUGUUCAGCCAGAAUGCCUAUGAGGUGGCCCUGCCCGAGGACACGCCGGCUGGCCGCCUGGUUGCCCAGGUGCAUGCCACGGACCACGACCUUGGUCCGAACCGGCGCCUCAGCUAUUCGUUGGUCGAAGCAUCGGCAGGCAGCCACUUCAGCGUGGAUGCACACUCGGGGCUAGUGCGGCUGGAGCGGCCACUCGACCGAGAGGAGUGUGCUCGCUUCAAUCUGACGGUGCAGGCGCAGGACCAUGGCCAGCCGCCACUGGCCUCCCGGGUGCAUCUAAUGGUGACUGUGCAGGAUGUCAAUGACAGCCCACCAGAGUUCACACAGCAGGCAUAUGCCGUUGGCGUCUCGGAAGCUGCCCCCGUCGGAUCGCCCAUCAGUGUAGGUGUUAAGGCCACCAGCCGAGACUUGGGUGUCAAUGCACAGAUCACGUAUACCCUUGUCGCUGGCAAUGAUCUUGGACACUUCAGCAUCGAGCCCAACACAGGUGUGCUGCGAGUGGCCCGGCCACUGGACUACGAAAGCAUCCGCAGCUACCAGCUGGCAGUGGAGGCUCGGGACGGGGGCGAGCCACCACUCAGCGCUCAUGCCUGGCUCAAUGUGUCCGUGUUGGAUGCCAAUGACAAUGCACCUGUGUUUGGAGGUCCCUACAGUGCCACGAUUGCUGAGGAUGCUUCGUUGGGCCACCUCGUGCUCCAGGUGCAGGCCAGUGAUGCAGACAGUGGUGGCGAGCUGCGAUACACCUUGCUCCAUCCCGGACCCUUUGCCUUAGAUCCUGGCAGUGGUCAGCUGAGUGUGGCUGGGCCACUAGACCGAGAAACGGUGAGCAGGUAUGUACUGGAAGUGGAAUGCUGGGAUGGAGGCACACCUCCACUGUCGGCUCAAGCACUGGUGCACAUAGAGGUACUGGACAUCAAUGAUCAUCCGCCACGCUUUGACCAGAGCAACUACACAGCUGUGGUUCAUGAGGGCCGGCAAGCUGGCUGGACUGUGCUGCACUUCUCGCUCAGUGAUGCCGACUCAUCAGUCCACGGGCCUCCAUUCCGGCUUCAGCUCGAAGGACCACAGGGCGAGGAGCCAACGUUUUUUCACAUAGAGGGCCACGAGUUACAACUUGCCCGGCCACUUCCCCCACAGUCGCGCCAUGAUCUACGUGUGCGGGCCUAUGACUCUGGCAGCCCACCUUUAGCAGCGGAGGCACGCGUCACCGUGUUGGCCGUGGAGAAGAGUCGCUUCAGGCCUCAGGUGCAGCCUCUGAACGUGAUCAUCUGUUCCUACUUGGACGACUUCCCUGGUGGGUUGCUGGGUACAGUGCAUGCCACCGAUGAGGACCCAUAUGACCAAGUCAGCCUGUCCUUGUCUGGACCACAUGCUGCGCUGUUUGUGCUUGAUCGUGAGGAUGGGACCCUGCGUGCACUACCAGGUCUCGAUGCAGGCAGCUACAUAUUGAAUGUGAGCGCUUCAGACGGCAGCACACCUUCGACACAUGCACCAGUGACUGUGCACGUUGUGGCUGUGUCUGAGGAGGCACUCAAGGCGGCCAUCGCGCUUCGCCUGACUGGAACCACGACUGCACGCUUUUUGGCUGCAGACCGGCGGCUGCUGCUUCGGGCUGUGCGGACGGCUCUUGGUGUGCGCCUGAGAGACCUAGUGCUGGUGAGUGUGCAGCCAGCUCCAGGUGAGGCUGAGCAGCUGGAUGUGCUGUUGGCCGUUCAGCUCGAACGGGGUCCCAUGCCAGCUGCCACUGCGACUGCUCGAUUGCAUGAGCGUCACAUGGCUCUUGAGGCAGCUGCUGGUCUGCGGAUUCACAUACUUCCCCAAGGUGACCGGUGCCCUACCCUGCACUGUGUGCAUGGUGAAUGCCAGGAUCGGCUAGUGCUGGACACUGGUGACACUGUGGUCCUUGCUGCAGAUGGCCACAGCUUGGUCUCAGCCCGACAUAGUCGCCAGACUGCGUGUGUCUGCAAUGCUGGCUUUGGUGGCAAUGCCUGUGAAAUGGCCGUGGACGAGUGUGCCCAGCAGCCGUGCCCUGCAGGGCGCCACUGUGUACCAGAUGCGUCUCCCCUGGGCCACAGUUGCCAAUGUCCUCCUGGGCGCACUGGUCCCCAUUGCGAUGUCCAAUGCCAGGAGCCCUCCUGCUAUGAAGAGAAACGGCCCAUCUUCUUCGGUGGCCAGAGCUAUGCACACUAUGUGCUGUCGCAACCUCUGGAUCGGCGCCUCUCCUUCUCAGUGAUGCUGCGCACUCUGCAACCCAGUGGAACAUUGCUGCACACCUCUGGGCCACGAGACUACGCCAUUCUUGAGGUAUCAGGAGGCUAUGUGCAGUACCGCUUUGACUGUGGCAGUGGUGAGGGCCUGGUGCGUGUGGCUGGCCGCCGUGUUGAUGAUGGCAUCUGGCACGCACUGCGCCUCGAGCGUCGUGGAGGCAGUGCACAGCUUGUUGUUGACCUGCGCUACGAGGCCUCGGGUGCUGCUCCAGGGCCCCACGAUGUGCUGAACCUCAAGGGCCGUGAGCUGCACCUGGGCGGGGCACCCACUGUCGCAGGUCUUGUUGGCUGCCUGGAUGAUGCACAGGUUGGUGGCCAGCCACUUCCUCUACAUCUGCGGCCUGCUGGUCAUGCACAGCUGCGUAGGCUGGCCAAUGUCCAGUUCUCCUGCCACCUGGUGGAUGUCUGUGGCAGCCAGCCAUGCCUGAAUGGGGCAACCUGUCAACCCCUGCUCACCACUGGCUACACCUGUACCUGCCCCACGCACUUUCAGGGCCCCCAGUGCAAGGAGCCAGUAGCUGAUGGCCAGUGCACUGAUGGAGUUUGUGAGCUGGCAAAUUGCCUACCCAACCAAUGUCUUCAUGGAGGUUUGUGCCAACCGGAUGGUCACUGCCACUGCUUAACCCCCUACCAGGGCAACCGUUGUGAACUGGUUGAGGCGUGCACAGCCUGUGAAACGGGGGAGAGCUGCGUGCAGCUGGCAGAUGGCUUCCAAUGUGGCUGCCUGGGUGAUGGCUCGUGUGCUUUUGAGGGCCUGCCCCUUGCCUGGCCCCUAGGGGGUGCUGCUGUGCUGCUUCUGCUUCUCUUGCUGGCAUUGGUGUGCUGCUGCCGGCAGUGCUGCCACAUUCGCCACCAUCGUGGAAACCAUCAGUGCAGCAACACUGUGACUGCCAAGAAUUACGUUCUGGCUACAACCAACGUCAGGCCAAAGAUUAGCAACCUGGAGCAGCGACCAGCCUCGUACACAACUGCCCGGGAGGCCACUCUCAACAAUUUUGACACGGUGCGCAGCUAUGGGAGCGCUGCUGAUGAUCUCGAGUCACGCUACCAACCGAAUGACCUGCGCUGCCACACUCGCACUCCAUCGGGCAGCGCUCCGCCGAAGGGCCUCUACCUUGACAAGAUUCCCAAUGACCUGAAGGCAGCCCUCUCUCCACCCCUGGCAUCCCAGAGCUCGGCCACUAGCAUUGCAUCAGAUCUCCCAGGUUACUGCUGGGACUACUCGGACCUGGCAGCACAUGCUGAAGAAGAUGUCUCAAGUGGUGAUGAAGCACCUGGCAGCCAUCAGGGCUCGGAGUGUUCUGAAGACACAGCCCUGCAGGAAGAGCGAUACACCUGCCACCCUGAUCAGUACCUGCCACGACACAGUGAGCCAGCGGUGUGUGCCAUUGAGGACAGCGAUGAGGAGGUGGCCUGACAGCAGGCACCGUGCAAGGACUGCCAUCUACUAAUUUUCAUUCGUGACUGUGCUUGUGGCCAGAGAGCUUGAACUCUCUAAGGUAAUAUGCCGUGUCGUCUGUGUUGAGUACUUGCCUGUGACAUUGCCUCAAAACUGUGCCUUGUGCUACAAGCCUUGUAAGCUGUGCAAGUUGUCCUUAUAUAUGUUUAGGUGGCACUCAAGUUGCAAAAAUAAAUACCAAACGUCCAUC